AUGGUUGUGUACGAGGAGAAGCUUGACCGUCAACGUAGACUGCUGGAUAUCCUUUUGAAGCCUCGGAUAAAGCUAUGGAGGACAGAGCUCCCACAGCAACAUGCCUCUAAGGAGAAGGAGGAGGAGGAGGAGGAGGAAGUUCUCGCUGACCAGCAGAUCUGUAAUCAGGAGAGGAACUCCAGUCUGCGCCAAGAGUCUCCACAGAUCAAAGAGGAACAGGAGAAAGUCUGCACCAGUCAGGAAGGAAAGCAGCUGGUAGUGAAGCAGGAGGGAGAUCAGCUGGUAGUGAAGCAGGAGAGAGAUCAGAUUCUGAAGCAGGAGGGAGAUCAGCUGGUAGUGAAGCAGGAGGGAGAUCAGAUUCUGAAGCAGGAGGGAGAUCAGCUGGUAGUGAAGCAGGAGGGAGAUCAGCUGGUAGUGAAGCAGGAGGGAGAUCAGAUUCUGAAGCAGGAGAGCACAGCAGAGGAAAAUCCUGUUGACAAAAUCCGUAUUGCAUGGGUAAGAUCAGAAUCUGACAGGCCAAAGUCUGGAAAAUCAAAACCGAAGAGUAACCGUCAGCUUCUCCCUGACACCUUCCAUGUAGCUGCAGAGAAAACAUCAUCAAAUACAAAUUAUGAGCCAAAACCAAAGAAGAAAAAUAAGGAUGAGGAUGCAAGAUCAGCAACAAGUAUUGAGCCAAAACCAAAGAAGAAAUGUAACAAUGGCCUUGCCACAUUAACUACCAAUUGUACACAAAAAACACAGGAGAAACAUCAUCAUGGGAACACAUCAGCUGAUACUACUGAGCCCGAGCCAAACCCAAAAAACAAACCUUACAAGUGCAAUGACUGCAGUAAACCCUUUUCUUACUUGAAAAACCUGAAAGUUCACAUGAGGAUCCACACUGGUGAAAGGCCUUUUGAAUGCAGCUACUGUGAAAGGACCUUCAUUCAGAAUUCUACCUUGAAACGACACACGAAAACUCACACUGGAGAAAAGCCCUUCAAAUGCAACUCAUGUGGGAAAAGGUUCGCCCAGUUGACUGCUGUAACUACACACAUGAGAACUCACACAGGUGAGAAGCCAUUUGUUUGCAAAAUCUGUGGAAAGAAAUUCAGCUGCGGGGCUAAUAGGAUGAAGCACAUGAGGAUUCACACAGGUGAAAAGCCUUACACCUGCAGCGACUGCGGGAAGGAGUUUGCAGAUUCCUCGGCGUUCAAAAAUCACCUUCGAGUGCAUACAGGAGAGAAGCCUUACAAAUGCUCUUGGUGUAAGAACGCAUUCACACACAGAGCGACUUUGAAAAAGCACAUUAGAACCCACACAGGUGAAAAGCCAUAUAAGUGUAACACUUGUGGAAACUGUUUUUCUCAAAAAACAGCCUUGAAAACACACAUUAUGAUCCAUACAGGCGAAAGACCGUUCAAAUGCAGCAUCUGUGGAGUAGGAUUCAUAAACAGUUCAAAACGGGCAAAUCACAUGAAUAUUCAUACAGUAAUCUCACUGAGCAGCAGUUCUAAAAAGACAUAA